AUGCAGAUAUAUGUGGAUGACAGAAUCUUCGGAUCGACGAACGAUGAAUUGUGCAAAGAGUUUGAGAAGGUUAUGAAAAAGAAGUUUGAAAUAAGUUCAAUGGGGGAGAUGAAGUUCUUCCUAGGGCUUCAGGUUGAGCAACUGCCCGAUGGAAUCUUCAUACACCAAACCAAAUAUGUGAAUGAUGUGCUGGACAAGUUCAAUAUGUCUGAAUCAUCUCCAACAUCAACCCCUUUGGCUCAAAAUCAUGGUAUUUGUCCGGAUGAAAGUGGUGAGAAAGUGGAUGAGACGCACUAUCGAUCGAUCAUUGGAUCAUUAAUGUAUCUGACUGUGUUACGCCCGGACAUCAUGUAUCUAAAUUGCCUCUGCGCCUGA